UUGUCACAAGUAAGUUGUCCCAAAGCUCCUCUCUCACCAUAAGUCAAAAACGACAUUAAUUUCCACAGCUCAUAUCAAAUUAAGAACAUUGAAACCCAAUUAAACAAAUUUAAUAAGGUAUAGAAAUAAUGUUACACCUACUGAUGAUCAAACAUCUUUGAUUUAUCAGACAUUAUAUUUCUCAAAAUUAUUGAUUAACCGAUCAAACUAUGGGCUCCGACGACGACGAUAAUGAUCAUCACAAGCACCACCGACUCGAUAUCAACCACAAGGUAACCCUCGCCGCGGUCUCCUCCUUAUUCGCCGUCAGUCUUCUCAUCAUCCUCUUCUUUCUCUACAUGAAGUACCACCAGAAUCGCCGCCUUCAUCGGCGGCGUGUGGACUUCGUGUCUCGCCUGAUGACGGCGCACAACGCGGCGAGUUCCGAUCACCCGUCGCACAAGAACGCCGCCGGCGGACUCGACCUGACGGUCAUAAACUCAUUGCCGGAAUUUCUGUACAAGUCGUCGGCGGAGGCCGGCGGCGAAGCAGUGGAGUGCUCGGUCUGCCUGAGCGCCGUGGCGGAGGAGGCGAAGGUCAGGCUGCUGCCGAAUUGCGGCCACGUUUUCCACGUGGACUGCAUCGACUUGUGGCUCGGCUCGCACACGACUUGCCCACUCUGCCGCGCCGAGGUGGAGCCGAGGGUAGUGGUAGUGGAUUAUGAUCAGCCGGAGCAAAGCGGCGACUUGGCGCAGCUGCAGCAGCCGACGGCGCCGCCGGUGGACGAGAUGAGCCUGCUGCACGGCGAGCAGUUGGCGCAGCCGGAGAUCAAGCCGAGCGAAUCGACGGGCGGCUCGCGGCUCAGCUCGUUUAGAAGGAUGCUGAGCAGGGAGAGAUUGUCUAUGAGGUCGCUUGAAGGUUGUGGAGAUCGAGUCUCAAGCGCUUCUUCUCAUCAUGAUCUGGAGAGGCAGUGAUCGAUAUGACUGAUUUCUGGCCUUAUUGGUAAAUCAAUUAUACAUGAUUGAUUUUAUAUUUUUGAAACUUUUUGGUAUGCCAUUAUUGAGGCUUUUUUUAAGUAUAUGUAUUAUUUAAUCAGUCUUCAAUUAUUUGCAUUGGUGUAUAUCAUGUUUUUUUUAAUGUGUGACCUAUCUUGCAAUAUUGAUGAUAUAUUGUAGAUUUACGAGCUUGUGUGGAGUUUGGGAACAUAUAG